GCUCCAUGUCUUCACCAGCAAGAUGCAUGCGACUCACUCCCUGCUCGUCCUGCUUCUCAGCCUCCCAGCACUGCUGUGUAACCGAGCUGUGUGGCAGUUCAGGGGGAUGAUCCUCUGCACUGUGCCUGACAGCUGGCCGCUUCUGGACUAUGCUGACUAUGGCUGCUACUGUGGGCUGGGAGGCUCUGGCACACCUGUGGAUGAGCUUGACAGAUGCUGUCAGGUCCACGACCAGUGCUACAGUGAUGCCAUGCAGCACGAUGACUGCUGGCCCAUCUUGGACAACCCCUACACUGAACUAUACAGCUACAGGUGUGAUGAGGCCAGCAAGACCGUCACCUGCCAGAAUAACAAUGAUCCCUGUGAGAAGUUCAUCUGUGAGUGUGACAGGAAAGCAGCCAUGUGCUUCGCCAAGGCAGGUUAUAAUGAAGAAAAUGCAAACCUUCCCAGAGCUCGCUGCAAAUAAGCCAACGGAUUUAGAGAGAAACACACUGAAGAGUGUCUUUAUUAAAACUUAACAGGUGGCAUUGUAUUCAUAAUUAUUGUUUUACUGUCAAACAAUUACCUCACAAACGCACUGUAUAUGCAACUUCAUCUCUUGUGAAAUUCAAAAUUAAUAAAUUACUCUGAAACACA